CCCCUGCCAACUGCGUUGGUUUAUCGGAGAAUAGCAGCCAGAUGCACGUCGGUCUGGCUCUAACAGCAAAGACCCAGCUUUGAACUUAAGCUUCCAUAAGGCUUUCUCUCCUAGGCGACCGUUCGACCGUGGUCGCCACUUUCUCGGCAUAACGUUGUCGGGUACACGGGACUGUUGAAGCUCUUGCCGCCAAGGCGAUAAGAGUCGAACAAUAAAACGGCCAUGAGCUGAAGUCCUGCGUUUAGAGAGAAAAAGUGUAUUCCAGCGAUGAUGGAGAAAAACAUAGAGAGCCAGACAAAGCUGCCUCAGGCAACAAGGACGCAAUUGGAGCCAUAUACGGUGUUUACCAAAUACCAAGUUUACUACAUUGUGUUCACGGCAUCAUGGGCUGGUCUCUUUUCACCGAUAUCUGCGAAUAUUUAUUUCCCCGCAUUGAACACACUGGCCGAGGAUUUGAAUGUGUCAAGUUCACUUAUCAAUUUGACGGUGAUGUCUUACAUGAUCUUUCAAGGUCUUGCGCCGAUGUUCAUCGGCGACUUUGCAGAUGUCGUUGGCCGUCGGCCAGCUUACAUGGCCUGUUUCGUCAUCUACACCGCAGCGAACAUCGGCCUGGCGUUGCAAAACAAUUACGCUGCCUUGUUUGUUCUUCGCUGCAUGCAGAGCUCAGGGAGUAGCGCCACCAUCGCUUUAUCGUCAGGCGUCGUUUCAGAUAUUGCGACGGCCGCCAAAAGAGGAUCAUACAUUGGUCUGGUUACCGCAGGAUCAUUGCUUGGGCCUAGUCUGGGACCCGUCAUUGGCGGUCUUCUGGCCCAGUACCUGGGAUGGCGGGCUAUUUUCUGGUUUCUUACUAUCAUGUCUGGUGUCUUCAUGGUUCAGUUUGUUCUUUUCUUCCCGGAGACUAGUCGUCGGGUUGUUGGGAAUGGAUCUCUCAUGCCACAGAAGUGGAAUCUCUCAGUCAUGGACUACAUGAAGACCCGAAAACACGCAGAAACAACUAACACAGGCAGUCGACCUAAGUUCCGCGGCCCGAAUCCGAUUCAAGCUCUGCGAAUCCUAUUCGAGAAAGACACCUCCCUGCUCCUGUUCGUCAAUGCGAUCCUGUUUGCCGGAUACUACGACAUCACCGCCUCCCUACCCUCCCUUUUAUCCGAGAUCUACGGCUAUAACGACCUCCAAGUCGGCCUUUGCUACAUCUCCAUCGGCACAGGCUGCUUUAUCGCCGCCUACUCAAACGGCUAUCUCCAAGACUGGAAUUUCCGCCGCACAGCGCACAAACUGAACAUUGAGCUUGUCGCGAACCGUCAAACAGAUCUAACCUCUUUCCCGAUCGAACGCGCCCGCGUGCAAGUCAUGGUUCCACCGCUCGUUGUGGGCUGUGUUGCCGUCAUCGCCUUCGGCUGGGCUGUGCAUUACGAAACGCAUAUCGCCGCGCCGCUGGUGAUUUUGUUCUUCUGUGGCUUGUGUCUGAGCAUGGCAUUCAACACUGUCAGCACGUUACUCAUUGACUUUUAUCCCGGGAAGGCAGCGACGGCGACCGCUGCGAAUAAUCUCUGUCGGUGUCUUUUGGGAGCGGGUGCUACGGCGCUGAUUGUUCCAAUGAUCGAUGGGAUGGGGAGGCAGUGGUGUUUUACCUUCCUGGGGCUGGUUAUGUUAGUUGGGUCUUUGCCCUUGGUGGUCAUUGUGCGGUUAGGUCCGAAGUGGAGGGAGGAAAGGAGGUUGAGGGCCAUGGGAUGAGGCAGUGGUUUAUACCAGGUGGUCAUUAGAGGCGAGUGUUACAUAUUGCCCCGACCUGUCAAGACACCUAGACUUAGCAUACUACCUCAAAUAGAACAUUCGAAUCCCACCAUUGUCCAAAGGAGCAAGAAUUUACUCCGUAGAACAGAUCGAAACGCGAUGAGGUCAC